UAUCUACCGGAGCGGUUAAAACAAGUUUACAACGUACAGUAUUACUAACAUUUAUCAAAGUAAGAAAAUGCUGCCCGCAAAAUAAAACAAAAAGCUAGGGUUUAUCUAUGCAUUUAGGAGCAGCUGAUUUCAAACCCUAAUUAAGCUUCGACAAUGGAGGACUUACCUGAUGCUCCCAUGGUGGAUGCUACGUUGCAAAGAAAUUCAGUAAGUUCAGAGAUGGUACAUUCUGAUACGGUAGUUAGUGCAAAUAAAAAGAAAAGGAAGAAGAAAAGAAAGAGAGGGGAGAACUCAAGUGCCCUUGUAAGUGUUGAAUUGGCAAGUUCAGAGAUGGCACAUUCUGAUGCUGUAAUUAGUCAACAGCAAGGAAAGAGAAAGAAAAAGAAAAAGAAAAGAAAGAGGGGGAAUAACUCAGUUGCGGUUGCAAAUGUUGCUUUGAUUCAGCAGCCUAUAGAUGGUACUGGAUUAGUGACAAAUUUUAGAUUAGAGCAGCGUGAUGUAGAAGUUGAGGACUGGGAUAAUAUUCAGAAGUCAAGUUUUGGUAAUUCUUCUGUAAGUAACGAUAGGAACGUUAGUGGUAGGGUUAGCAGUACAAUAGUCACGGUUCCGCUGCAGACACAGAAAACUAAAAGAAAAAAGAAAAAAAUGAGUAUAAGUACAUUGGUAGGUAGAAUGAUUAUGCCCAGUACAUCUGUCAUGGGUGAUUCUGAAUUAAUGCAGCAUAGUGCAGAACAGAGGGGACCAGAAGGAAUCCACCUGAAUGAAUGUGCAACUAAGGAUAAAAAUUGCACUGGCGAGGAUGGAUCUGGCAUAAUUGAUACCAAAGUAGAUGAGAGUUCAGUCUCUCAAGGAAAAUUUGUGGGUAAGAUACAGGGGGGCAAAAAGAGAAAAAGAAAGAUCCAAGGGAAAAAUCUGAAUCUUGAACCAAAGGAGGGUGUUAUCUCCACCAAUGGUCUCUCAGAAGAGCAGCAAGUCGAAAGCGCCACAGUGGAUGCUGACCAAAAUGCGAGCUUAGGAAGAAUGCCUACUGAUGGUGCUCAUAAAAAACUUCUGGUACUUGAUUUAAAUGGACUCCUUAUUGACGUUGUUGGGGACAAGAGUGUUACUAUCCAAGCUGAUGGUCAUGUAGCAGGGAAAAAAAUAUUCAAGAGGCCCUUCUGUGAGGAUUUUCUGCAGUUUUGCUUUGAAAAGUUUACCGUUGGCAUUUGGUCAUCUAGAAGAAAGGAAAAUGUGGAUAAGGUUCUCCAAGUUCUUAUGCAAGUAAAGGACAGGUCAAAGCUGGCUUUUGUAUGGAAUCAAAACCACUGUACUCAGACAGGUUUCCAGACUAUAGAAAACGGUAAGAAGCCUCUGUUUUUGAAGGAACUUUCAGAACUGUGGAGGUGGGUGAAUAAAAAUAGAAAAUUUUCAUGGAAGGUUAGAGAUUAUGAUAAAUCAAACACACUCUUGUUGGAUGAUUCUCCAUAUAAAGCCUUGAAAAAUCCUCCGCACACUGCAAUCUUUCCCACUCCAUACCAGUACCAAGACCAAAAUGAUAAUGCGUUAGGACCUGGAGGCGAUCUUCGUGUUUAUUUGGAGGGUUUAGCCUUGGCAGAGGAUGUUCAGAAAUACGUUGAGCAGAAUUCCUUUGGUCAAAAGUCCAUCACAGAUUCUGAUCCAUCUUGGUCUUUCUAUGCUCAAGUGAUUCGCAGCACUUCAAGGAAAACAAGAUAUAAACCGAAUUGGAAGAAGUCAAACCCAUCUUUGAAAAAUAGAGUUGCUCCAGCCUCCAAAUGUGUACCAGUUUAGUGUUGAAUAUAAUUCCACGAUGAAAUGCCUUCUGCUGAAAAUUUUAACAGUCUCAGUUCUCUUAGCCUACAUUAUAACGUAGAACUAUCUAGUUUUCUCGACUGUGCUGAUCACGGCCGAGCACGGAUGUGGUGAUUGGGAUGUGAAUUGCAUCACUACUGAAGGGCGAUGUCACAUUGCAUUAAGAGACUACAAUGUUUUUGCUAAAAUUUUGCAGUGGUAAUUGACGACAUUCCUUAGAUUUCAUGGAGUGCAUAGCAAUUUUACAGUGUAGUUUGGUAACUGAACGAUUGUAUGCUUUGUGGAUUUACCUCUUCUCAUACAAUCGUUUACUGAUAAAAUAGAAAAUAGACAUCUUUUACUUAUCA